AUGAAGGAGAGAAGUUUGUCAAAAGGAAGAGAAGUUUUUCAAGAUAGAGAUAAGUUUGUCAUUGUCAAGAAGAAGAGAAUUGCUUGUAAAGAAAUAGAGAAGUUUGCCAAUAAGGAGAGAAGUUUGGGAUAUCAUUUUGGAGUUCUCAAGCUUGAUGUUAAGACCAAGACUGCUUGUCCUUGGACACCAAGUUCACCCCUGCAUCUGGAAGUCUGGGAGGAAAGGUGUCUGCUGAGUACAAGCAUGAUACAGCUACUGUCUGUGCUGAUCUUGAUCUUGGUCUGACUGCACUGAACGCAUCAGCUGUAGUUGGACACAAGGGUUGGUUGGCCGGUUAUACAACCUCAUUCGAUAUUGACAAAACAUUUAAAAUAUGGAAACAUCAUUUUGGUCUGGGGUACUCUGCCCCUGACUUUGUUCUGCAUACCAGUGUUGCUAACGGUACUGAGUUCGGGGGAUCCGUUUAUCAGAAGGUGUCUCCAAGCCUGGAGACUGGAGUAAACCUAGGAUGGAGCAGCGCCACCAGCUCCACUUCAUUCGGUAUCGGAGCUAAAUACAACCUAGAGGACGGAGCAGCUCUCAGGGCUAAGAUCAACAACAAGAGUGAACUAGGUCUAGGAUACCAGCAGAAAUUGAGAGAUGGAGUAACUGUAACUCUCAGCACUCUUGUCAACAGCGGAAACUUCUCAGCUGGAGGACACAAGGUUGGGCUUGCUCUUGAGAUGACCGCUUAAAUAUUGAUCCAGAAUAUUUUACAAUUAAAUGUUAAAACCAUAAUUAAUUGAUUAUUUGUAAUUCAGCGCUCUCUGCUAUUUCAAAAUAUUCCACAUUGUUAAACUUAGUCACCAGUAGUAGUUGGAGAAAUAAACAUUUACCAGUCACGUGA